GGCACAUGAGCCGCUCCUCUCUUCUCUGCAUACACCAAAACCGGGCUGGACCAUCAGGGCAUGUUCUGAUAAAAUAUUUGAAUCCCCCAAAUACUUGAAAUACAAAAUUAAUACUUAUAUAGCAGGAAACGUUCAUGUCGGGCAUUAAUAGGCAAAUAAACCAUAUAAUGGAGACGGAGAUCCUCGUGCCGAUCGGGUCGCCGACGAUCAGAAAAUUCCCGAUAUUCGUGGAUGAACAUAAUGUGAUGGAAGGUGCGAUGAAGCUGAUUAAAGAGCUCAGACCGGGUUGGGAACCGAACCUGGUCCAGACUAAGUACCAACACAGUUGUGUUUGCAUAUUCCAGUUCAACCACAUGUUGACACUUCAGUGAAUCUAUCUUUUCACAGAUGGCACGACUAACAAACUUAUGGGCUUUUAUAUGGAGGACCACCCCGAGGACGUGGUGCUGGUGAGGGUGUACGGCAACAAGACAGAGCUGAUCGUGGACAGAGACAAUGAACUGAAGAGCUUCCAGGUUCUACACGCCAACGGUUGCGCGCCCAGGCUGUACUGCACCUUCCAGAAUGGCAUCUGCUACGAGUUCAUGCAGGGACAUGCUCUCGAUACUGAAGACGUCAGGGACCCUGUGUUACUCAGACUGAUUGCCGGAGAAAUGGCCCGCAUUCAUGCCAUCCAUGCCCACAACGGCUGCAUUCCCAAACCCAACCUGUGGAUCAAAAUGCGCAAGUACUUCUCGCUAGUCGCCACGGAGUUCACCGACCAAGCCUCCAACCUCAGAAUUCAACAGGAAGUGCCCAGUCAGGAAGUUCUGGAACAGGAAAUGGCAUGGAUGAAGGAGCACCUGUCGCAGCUGGGCUCUCCUGUUGUGCUCUGCCACAACGACCUGCUCUGCAAGAACAUCAUUCACAACGAAGAAGAAGGUCAUGUUCGGUUUAUCGAUUAUGAAUACUCAAGUUACAACUACCAAGCAUUUGACAUUGGAAAUCAUUUCAAUGAGUUUGCAGGCAUGAGUGAACCAGACUUUAACCUGUAUCCCAGUCGAGAAAUGCAGUUGGACUGGCUACACACUUACCUGCAGGCCUACAAACUCUUUACUAAGAAAGGUGAGGAGGUGAGCCAGCUUGAACUCGAGACACUCUACGUGCAGGUCAACAAAUUUGCUCUGGCCUCACAUUUCUUCUGGGGUUUCUGGGCCCUGAUCCAAGCCAAGUACUCCUCCAUCGAGUUUGACUUCCUCGGGUAUGCCGUGCUACGUUUCAAUCAGUACUUCAAGACCAAACCUGCUGUAAUGGCCCUGGAGAUCCCCAAAUGAGAAGACCAGACUGAGGGAGCGGAGAUGGGAUCUUCUGGCCUCUCCGUUGGUUGUUUGAAUGUGGAAUCAGAGGCCUUUUCAGACAGGGGAGGGUAUGGGGUACAGCAAGGGCAGGUACUGGGCCCUCUUACAUUUGACUGACAGCAUGUCUGCCAAGUCUCAGUUCCACAAAUUCUUUAUUCCUUUCUCAAAUACAUGAUUCAUCUUUUGGGAGUCCACUUUUAGUUGAUCAAGUUUCCCAUCAAAUGAGUGUGUUUUGAUGUUUUAGUUACACUUUAUUUAUUAAUUGUUAUAGGGCACUUUGCACCAAAGCAGUCCUUGUGUUCUUGGAGCUGGGACUUUUGUGGAAAUUCUUGUUUUGGGUUUUGCAGUGUAAGUGUAGAUUGUCAAAAAGGAGGCCUAUUGUGAUGUUUAGCAAGGGGAUAUGUUGAUACUGCAGGCUUUGGUUAAAACAAUAUAAAUACAGAAUGCUGAUUCUGUCCUGCUGUGGUUUCAUAAUGCUUUUGUUAGACUGAUUCGGCCCACCAAAUGGCCCACAAAUGCUCAAAAUCAGAUUUAUUUUAGAGUACUGUAGACAAGAGUGAAUUGGGUUAAUGGGUAAAAAUCUGGGUUGCUAAUGCAAAGGUUUUGAUUUAGAGCCAGUUAGGGGUCACUCUGGAACUAGACAGUUACUGAGGUCAAAAUCCUGCCCCUAUCCUGCACUAUUAAGCACUUGAGCAAGUUACUAAACCCACAAUUAGUGUCCCAUAAGUAACUUUGGAUAAGGUCGCUCCUAAAUGGCAAGUAACCAAGUAACCAGUGAUGUAAAUCUGAGUUCAAUCUAGACAUUCCCAAGAAGUCAGGACCACGAGAUCCCUCGCUGUCUGCAGGACCAUGUUUCUGCCUCUUUAGCUUUUAUGGCUGUGAGGAGUUCUGUUGAAUUUUCCAUUCAUCACAGGCUGUGGAAUAUUACCACCUGCUGUCACCCCCUCCUUUUCUAAAUGUGUGUUUGCAUUACCUGGCAGAGCUUAAACUGAGAUUUAAAAGUCAUUAUCUGCUCAAUAAUCAUCUCUAAUGUCAAAAUACCCAGAAGACGGGACAAAAUUAUGUGACAGUGUUGCGUAGUUUGAUUCAGGUCAUCAGAUGUGCAAACUUCAGUAGGGACUUUUUAUUUUUUAUUUUUUAUAAUAGUUCACUCAAAAAUGUAAAUUGUGUAAUUAUUUACUCUGAACCUAUUUGACUUUCUUUCUUCUUUGGAACACAAAAGAUGAUUUAAAAAAAAGUUUGUUUCCAUAUAAUGGAACAAGCUCAGAAAAGUACAAAACACAUAAUAAACCAUAGUAAAAGUUAAAGAAUGAAAACUAUACUCGUGAACUAUAUUCUAAGCCUUUAGAAGUGGUACAGUUACUUUUACAGUUAUUCACUCUCAAAUCAAAUCAUUAAUAGAGCGUUUAUUACAUAUUUAUACAGCUUCAUCAAUAACAUCAAACCUUUUCAUUCCGUCUCGUGAUCAAAUGUACAACAUCAUGUCAUGAAGGCAAAUAACCAAAGAAAGUCAUACUGGUUUAGAGCGACAUGAAGGAUAAUAAAUACAUAUAAAAUUUUUAUUUUGGGUGAACUAUUUCUUCAAGCAGAAAGAACAAGAUUUUUGUAUUUAAAUUCAAAAUAUUGAUUGCGGACUAGAAUUGAAUAGGCGUCUCACUGACAAAAAUCACCCAUUUUAAAACAUGUUGAAUUUCAUCUUCUAGUUUCAAUACUGUCAGUCUAGAAUUCUGUUCCCUAAUAGACCAUUUCACAUUUACCAGUCUCGUGUUGUUUUAUUUCUUUGUUGGAAAUAUUAUGCUAUUUCCAGAAUUUUUUUUCUGAAUAAAACAUUCCGGUAGAAACUUGCUAGAGCCACACAGUCAUUUUUUUUAUUUUAUUUAUUUAUUUUUUGUUUUUUGUUUUUUUUUUUACCAAAGAUGUUCACAAAUAUAUCAUUUAAGUCACUCCUGCUGUCAUGUUGUACUGUAUAUUUAGAGGAUAUACAUUUGAGUCUGUAAAGAACAUGUCUGGGUCAUAUAUCAAAUAAUUAAUAUUUUACUUAAAGAAAACAAAGCCUAUUUUUUUUUUUUUUUUUUUUUUUGUGACACUAGUUCAACAAUUCAGCACAUUUUCCCUCAAAUUCUCAUUUCCGUAAUGCAAACAUUUCUCAUUCCCUUUACUGUUAUGUGAAAAAAAGAUUUUCUUUAAAAUGUAGUUUUUAUACAUCACUGUAGUUUUUGUUGUACUGAAUUUAAUAUGUUGAUUUAAAAAUGAAAAAGUAAAAAAAAAUGUCGUAUUAAAGUAAUGAGAAUCUAGCAAGAAUCACCAUUGAGAAUAAUGGGAAUUAUGAAAAAAACUCUCAAGUAAAACUUCCAGAACAUUUGGGAGGAAAUGUGCUUAACUGUCCAAAAAAAUAUUCUUAAUGGUCCUAAAGUAGACUUAUGGUGGGGGGGAGGGGGGUUUGGGGGUUCUGUAUAACCGAAAACACUAUCUGUCUGGCAGCUUUCUGAACCCACAAGUGUCCUUUUCUGUGGUCAGUUAGUAUAGCAGAUGAAACUGUAACUGGUCGUUGUGUUUGAGCAGUUGGGGUCACAUUGUAAUCUCUGAGGUGUCUCUGGCUCUGUGUCAGGUGCAUGUUAAUAAUGAAACCGUUUGAGCUGUAGGUGACGACUGAAAGCAGGAGAGGCCCCUCAACAAUACUAUGAAUAAUUCUGUAGCCAAUGUUUCUCAAAUGAGGUUGGACUGACUGAUCUGUGCUGCUGGUUGUUUCCUUGUCUGAUCCAAAAUGAACUGAUUUGCAGUUUUAAGUUGAAUCUCAUAAGGAAAUGUCCUCACAAUAAAAGGGAAAAAAUAAGAAGUUAUAUUUGCAUAUGAAAAUUAAGCCUAUUUUUAGGACCAUAAAAAAAGUGAUGCUUCACAAAUUUUUUUAUAUUUAAAUCUUGAUAAAUUCAGUAGUCUACAACAAACACUACAAUGACAUAUAAUUAAAAUUGUACUUUUAUGAAAGUACUUUACAAUUUGAAUAUAUAUAUAUAUACACACAUUACUAAAAGUAAUGGUCCUAAAAUAUGUUUUUUUUUUUUUUUUUUUUUCCUCCAUUUAGCAAAAAAUAUAGUUUCAUAUUUUUCUCUUGUGAUUUUGGGGGAAAUAUGACCUGGACAUUUCUACCCACAGUUUCCAUGAGAUUCACCUCAAUUUAUGUGUAUGUCACUGUGUGGUCCUGCUUGUAAAUGAGAAAAGAAGUGAAAAAUAUUCACAUAGGUUGCAUAUUGCAUGAAGAAUGCUAUGAAUUUGAACGACAUGUUCAGAGUGCAAUGGCAAGCUAUCUGUGUAGAUGUACAUAUGUGAAUGUUUCCACCAAAAAAAAAAAAGGCAAGACAACCACUUCGAUUUGAAAAUAUGAUGUAAUUUAUCAGUUAUUUUUUCUUUGUUAUGAUGUGAAGGAUUUGUAAUGUGAAGGGGGAAGUGUUAACAAGCACAAUUCCUGUUUCCUGUACAGUUUAACUUUGUUGAUCUGAGAUUAUCAUGUUUUCCACUUUAAUAUCAAGAUCCAACAUUUCAAUGUGGCCACAUCUUUUAUUCCCUUUGGAAUAGAUGUUUAUCAUGGAACCAUUAAAGCAAAGUUUAAAAUCCUGUAGAUUUUGGAGCACCAACACUGUAUAUUAUCGUAUAUACAUUAGUUAUCUCUUUGAUUUGAAAUAACCUUUUUCAACAUCUUACUCUUAAGGGGAAUGUUUACAGGAAGCAUCUUGGGGAUUUUUUUGUUUUUUUUUGUUCCUGUUGCAAACAUACCAAAUAAGUCGGCUUCGCGCUUUGAGAUUUUUUCUUUUGUGAAUUUACUAAAAAGCUGAACAGAACCUUUUAUUUAUUAUACUGUAUCUUUAAUAUUUCUGCUUUUAUUUUGUAUAUUUAACUGAACUGGGAGUUUGAUAGGCUGUUAGGUUGACAUGGACCAGCAGGGGGCGCUACUGUAGUGCAGUGAUGCUUAUAUGGCAACAAUGAGGAGUUUGUAAAUACUGUGAAAUUGUGGGGAAAAAGAAGAAGAAAAAAAAUACUGUACAAUGUUUUCAAUUCUAUUCAAAUGUGGGGGAGAAUAUUUAACAAUUGUUAAAUUUUUUUUUUCAAUAAAAAUGUCAGUUGAAUAUGUUGCACGUCUGUCGUUGUAAACAAAUUUGCUGAUUAAAAAUAGAUUUGACAUGCUAGGAAUAACAAUGAAUAAAUCUGUGCGCUUCAAAGUUUGUAUGAUUAAG